UGUUCCGAUAGUGAUUGCGCGUAGUGUUAUUGUUUUGUGGAAAAAAUUGUGAAACUUAACUAAAUCCUAUACGAUCAGUGAAAAUUUUCGGUUUAGUUUUUAUCUCUCUUCAUCUAUAUUUAUUUUUUUCGGGGAAUAUGGCAUUCUUGAGCGACGUACACCUGAAUGCCACGGGCCUGGGGCUCGGUCCCGCCGGCUGCAAGUCUUCGUGCCCGCUGUGAGAUCAUUCGUAAGGGUUGUUCGCGCAUUGGCCACAGCGGGGAGAAGACGCCACGUGUGGGCCUGCGUACUCCCGGGGGCGGGCGCUUUGCGCCGCCCCACAACUGCAUCUAUUUAAUACCGAAGUAAACUCGGCUCGAGGAUCAUCUAAGCAUGAUGUAGAGCCCGAUUUGGAACCUGACGUCUUUGCGCCAGAGCCGUUAAAGCCGUCAGAGCCGCCAAAGCCGUUAGAGCCCCCAAAGCCGCCAGGGCUGCCAAAGCCGUUGGUUAUAACCGACGCUGAUGAAGGCGCUCCCCAAGAACCGCUGACAAACAUUUAAUUAUUUUUCCAACACUAUCGUAUGGCGUGGUCAUAUCGGAUGGUAAAGCCUGAUUUUCGACUAAACAAGGAGCUUUGACAGCUCAAGUUUAGUUUAUGGAGACUAAAUAAACUCGUUCGAUCACGCGUCUUAGAGGAGACAUUUUCACCACAUCUUCAUUUUGCACGAGAUAGGUUCUCAAGUCGCUGACAUAAUGAAUUCAAGCGAGGAUGAGCCUUUAGUAAAUGCUAGACUUCGCCCGCGUCGUUCAACCAACAGCCCGCAGGCUAAAUCUACUCGGAAGGUGGAAGGCAGACCCUCGCAGGACAAAGUAAAACGGACUAGUACACCGUCCAAACCUCUGGCCAAUAAACCUGAAGAUCUCGUUACCAAGUCUGAUUCUACUCCUGCCCCGCAAUUUCUGUGCCCCUACUGCGAUAGGAAAUUUGCUUCAAAGCAAACUGGGUCCAAGCAUGUGCGCCGAGUGCAUAUGUCAAGUUCCAAACAAGAUGCCUUCUUCGGUUGCAUGCAUUGCACCCACGUUGAGGCGGAACCCAACGACAUCAUUCGGCACAUGGUGGACAGCCAUCCAAAUCAAUAUUUCGCCUGCCUCGACUGCCAAACCAGAUUCCUGUCGACUUCUGAACUAGCAGAGCAUAAGCUGAACGUUUGCGAAAGACAGAAACCUUAUCGUAGUAAACUACGCCAAAAGAGUGCGUCUUUGGCGAAAAAAUCGCAAAGAAAUGCUAACAUCGACAGAAAAGACGACUUCCGAACUGAAAAUGAGUACGUUGAAAAUCACGGAUUUAAUGGAAUUGUUAUCUCGUGUGAACUUAAACCAUCUCAGGUGCACGACGGCGCAGAUAUUGAGGACAAUAUUACAACGAAUUUAAUUUUGCCGCCCAGCAAAACUUUAGGUAAUAGUACAGUAAUAGAAAAGAAUGCAGUUAUCGUUUUAGACGACAUACAAUGGAACAAGCGAAUUCCUUCUAAUUUCUCAUUUCACAAUACAGACGCCGAUCAAAUUCUUUCUCGAUUGGGUGUCGUGCACCGAUCGCCUAGAACUGGUGAGUCGACUAGAAAGGAGUGGUUUAAAACUAUCGACGAUUCGACCCAGAAAUUUGAAAAGUGUUUCGAAACCAGCUUCUAUUCUAAAGUGGCCAGCAAUGUUGCUGAAAAUUUAGCCAAAUGCCUAGAUGGCUCGUUCAAUUUCAAUCCAGAUUUGGAGAACACUAUUAAGACCAGGAAGGCCAAAAAUAGCGUCGUCAUCAAUACUGCAGAAGGCUUUCCAAUACUCCUGGCGGGCGAACAAUAUUCCCGUAAUAUGUUCGACAGUUACAUGCCCAGAACAAUUGCUCCUAAACAUAAGUGGAAAUGGGAUAGCCUUGAAGACCGAACUCUGAUGAAUGCAGAUCAGAUAAAACGAGACUCACAUACAAAUAACUGCAUUAUAACGUUAGUCUCAAGUUUGGAUAUAUGGACCCAGUUGUGUAUGCGAAGAAAAUAUGAAUGUAAAUUUAAUAUUUCACACGUUGAAAAGAAGACUGAAAAACAAAAUAUUAUUGACAAAGAACUGAAAGACAUACUCGAGAGCAGAGAGAUACCGACAACAUCGACGCAAUUAAUCAAAUACUCAAACAAACCAGCUCCGGCUAGAGAUGGACUAGAGUUUCCUAGUUACUUGGGCCUGGCGCCCACAGCUCCUACAUACGACUUGCCACCUGCCGUGCUGAGCGGCGAGUGGGUGCGGCCCAGGUGCUACGUGUGCUGCGCGUGCGGGGCGCAGACUCGCGACUCGAGAGCCCUGUCCUUGCAUAUCUCCAACCAACAUCCCAAUGCUCAAGUGCAACAUUACGAGAUAGUGGGAGAGCCCCUGCUAAACGCUGACAUUCUGAAGCAUUUAUACGUGCCCCCGAGCCAGGUCAGCAACAGAACCCGCCCACCCAGGGGAUUCAGGGAUUGCACAAAAUGCAAGAAAUCCAUUACUCUGAAAGAAUUGCAUCAACACAUGCUGGAUUGCGCCGGAGAUACACCAGCGGUGCGCAGGAAGUGUAGAUACCGCCCCUUCGGAGUGCGCCGUCGACGUCCACGUCUGCCUGACAACGUCAUCCGAAGAAAAAUUCGCAAGGAUUUACGCAACCGGCACAAGCAAAAGAAUCUGAUGAGACCAAGACAGAAAAUAAGGAGUGAAGUCGGUGAUGCUGAAACCAUUCGCAAAAUGAUUGCAGACUUACCUGCAAAACGGCAUCGCGUUAUGAUUAAUCCGUUGAAUCCUUCAUUACGACCUCGUCGAAAACUUGAUAAACAAAGAAGCAAGCUACUCAUCAAACACCGCUCAACUGAUGACCCAAAAAGCCGAAAGUUGAGAUCUAUUAAAGAAAUCAAUAAUGCAACGAAUAUGCCUCCUAAAAAAGAGGAAGAUAGCAAAAUAUUUACCAAUAAAGAUGAUGAUGACAACAAACCUCUUAAGCCUCUAACGAGGAGACCAGUGAGGGAAGAUAAGAAUAACCGUCAUUCAGAGACUAUCAAACGAAAGACUGUGCUGAGCAGAGCCAAAAGAAAAAUCCAGAUGAAAAAUUCUAGCAUGGGAAAAUCACUAGACCCUGAUAACGCUAGCACAAACAGCACAUCGCCCAACGAUGCGUUUCCAAAUAAUGAGCCUCAAAAAAUAAACGUAAAUAAUAGCUCAUUUAGCGCCAGGCAGCAUUCUGGCCGGGGUGGCAACUACCAAAAAGGUAAUAAUAACCAACGUGAGAACUAUAACCGAGGCAACAGUAGCCGCGAUAACAACCGUGGAAACGGUAGUCGAGGUGGCGGUAAUCAAGGAGGCGCCAACCAAGGUAACCACAGCCGAGGUAACAGCCAAGAUGGCAGAGACACCAAUAAUAGAAACAAUAACAAUAGCAAAAAUGAUCCAUCAUCCACGGACGAAAAUAAUCCGCGAAAAAAUGGAAAGACAGAUAACAAAACAAAUAAGUCCGUUCAAUCACUUGAAGGACAACAAGAUACCAAGGACACAACGCAACAUCAGCCUACAAGGCAAGUUGAACUCAUUGAAAAUGAAGCAGCAGACUCAAGAUUAGAUAAACCACCUUUACCUUGUAAUCAAAAAGUUCCUAUAGACCCUCAAAAAAGUAAAUCUAGUAAAACGCGCAAGGGCAAGGGCUUAAACGAUUGCAUAGCUAUGUUAAAGCACAAACUGGACCCUGUUCCAAAUAACAAUGAUCUGACUGAAAACGAAGCAGCCGAUACAGCGGCCGAAUCAGAUAUUGGUCCCGUAGCAGAUCAGGGUGAUCAACUCGAAAGUGCUCCUGCAGAUAACGAAUCUGAUAUUCCUGAAGCGGCUCCAAAAGAUGCGCAACCAGCCACUGCGGGGGAUGCUCAGCCAGCCGCUCCCAAAAAUGUUCAACUAGUUCCUCCUAAAGAGGCUCAAGCAGUCCCUCCCAAAGAGGCGCAACCAAUCCCUCCCAAAGAGGCUCAACCAGCUGCUAAUGCGACUGAUCACGAAAGUUCUCUUUCCCAAGAAAAUGAAGGUUCUAAUAAUAAGGCAUCGGCUCAACCUGCUAUUCAGCCCACUGGUAGUAUGGAAGCUCGCCCAGCUUUGGGCGUAACACAUUCAAUUGCAAAUCUGGCUGCUAACCCAGCGCCUGUCCCUUACCCAGUGCUGCAUCAUGCUGAACAGGCCGCAAUGAAUUUGGCUACGAAUCCAGUGGCACAUGUUGCUGCGCACUUGACCUCGCACGCAGUGGUUCAUCAUGUGUCGAAUCCUGUGGCACACCUCGCGGCGAACCUGGUCGCACAACCGAUGGUCCACCCGGCUGCUCACUCCGCAGUUUUGUCAGCCGUACAACUGGCAGCUCAUUCGGGAGUUCAUUUAACACCUCAUCAAGCCAAACAAAUAUCUGCUCAGUAUAUGAAUGAAAAUGCAAUCGAUACAAAUCGAUAUUUCUUGCCAGGAGCCACUUUCGAUCGCAAAAUAGAUCCAAACCCGGCAGAAGUUUUCUCCCGCUCAGUGAUACCACGUGAAAUGGAGUAUCAUUACAAAAACAAUAUAACUCAACAGAUGGCUCUCGAGCAAGUUGCUCUCGGCCUAACUAUGAAUAAAGAACAAGUCAUGACGCCAUCAAAGGAAGGUAGUUCCAAUUAUAGCAGAAAACAAAAACAGGCUUCACCUAACAACAACGAACCUAAGAAGACGCCUGCUAAAAGAAAAUCAACACGUCUGAAGGCAUCAAAUGCUCAACGUAAUGUUAAAAUGUUUGGAUUACCACCACAAAUUGAAAUCAUUCCACAAACAUCUACAGGAAUACCAAUACAAAAUCCCUCGCACUUGGUGGUUCCAUUCCAUGAUCAAUACGCCAAUUUAAGAAUAAGCCCGGAAAUUGAGAAGCAAAAGAAACGAAAACAAGCAGCUUCCGUUCAAAACGAAACAAUGAAGCAAUCUGAAUUUUACAAAGACUCGAAAUCGCCCAGAAGAGCGGAAUAUCACCAUACUUAUGAUAUGUCAGGAGGGCGCCUCAUUGAAAACAAAUCAUACCAACCUGCAGCUGCAAGUAUCGAGCAGAGUUCGUUGAUCGAGCAACGGGCAUUUUCUGAACAUCGGUCCGCUGUAGAGCAGAGAGCCGCUGCGGAACAACAGAGACUCAUUGCUCAACAUAGAACACGUUCAGAUCAGGCGUUGAUGACAGAAAUGAGAGCAAACUCUGAACAGAGGGCUGAACAGAGAUCAUACCAAGAACAAAGGUCACUAUCUGAAUACAGACCUCACCCUGACCAUAUAACGCUGCCAGAACCACUGACACUUGCGGAACAAAUAUCAUUAUUUGAACAAAGACCCUUCCGAGAUCCGAGAGCUUACCCUGACCCGACGUACUCUGAGCGAAGAAACUAUCCUGAUCAAAGGUCUUACUCUGAACAUAGAGCGCUUCACGAACAAAGGCCGUUUUCAGAAUUACGAUCACAUGUAGAGCAUAGUCUGUAUACUGAACAGCGACCACAUCCUGAGUCAAGGUCUUACAAUGAUCAAAUGGCCUACCCCGACUUGAGAGCGCAUCCUGACCCGCGACACGUGGAGGCUUUGUCGCUAUCCGAACAGAUGGCCUACGCAGAACAGAGAGCUUAUUCGGAACAAAGGCUAUACUCUGGUCAGAGAGCAUACGCUGAGCAACGCUCAUAUCCCGAUCAGGCCAAAUAUCCCGAACAGAUAAUAUGCUCGGAGGUAAGAACAUACCCAGAACAGAGGCCAUACCCUCAACAGCUUUACCCGGAACAGAGGCAAGUGCCGGAACAAUUGUCUUAUGCUGAAGGACCCACUCAAGAACAGAUAGCAUAUGCAGAACACAGACUAGUUGCCGGACAAAUGGCAGAGCAACCAUUAUCAAAUGAACAAAUGUUGCCUCCCGAGCAUAGGCCGUUAACUAAGAGGAGAUCUUCAAAAGAAAAGAAAUCAGCUUCUGAACGAAGGUCUUCAAAUGAGCAUUGGCCACCUUAUGAAAUGAGACCAUUAAGUGAGAAUUUAUCCAUGCAGGAUAAAAAGUUAUUGAUUGAGCAGCACGCCGCAAGUGACUUAAGAUUGUUGAAUGAGCAAUUGGCUGAUCAAACCACAUCUAUUGAAAGACGUCUUUCUUCUGACCGGCGGCUGUCCAGUGAGCACCGAUUAUCUACCGAAAGCCGGCACUCUAGCGAACACCGGCUAUCUACCGAAAGCCGGCACUCCAAUGAACAUCGGAUGUCUAGUGAACGGCAGCUCGUCAGUGAUCUUCGAAUGACUGCAGAGCGUCGGCUCUCUGGUGAACCCCACCACCAACCUGAACAACACCUGUCUUGUGAACGCCGCCUCUCAAGCGAGCACACGCUCUCUGCUGAACACCCGCUAUCCAGCGAACACCGUCUGUCUAGUGAGCGCCCACUCUCUACUGAACACCGACUGUCUAUUGAACGAAGGCCUUCGUUUGAUCGGGGACAAACAAAUGAAUAUAAAUCAGCAUAUGAACAUAGACCAUUAACUGAAAGACGGCUUUCAUAUGAACGACGACCUUCAUAUGAACCUGUCCAACCAAGUGAUCGAGCACCAUCAAAUGAACCAAGGCUCUCAAAUGAACACAAACUUUCAAAUGAAAGCAGACAUACUGAUGAUCCGAGACUUUCAAACGAACAAUAUCCUAUUAAUGAACAGAUAGUUCCAAAUGAAAUGGCGCGUUUCAAUGAACGCGGUAUCGUUAACAGCAACAUUAAUCAGGAAAAUGAAACAAGUGACCUGAGUCGUAAUCAAGAACAGUGGUCAAGAAGCCAGCAGUUGAUUGAUCAGAGAGCAGAUAACGAACACAAACAAUUCAUUAUGCGAUCUAUUGAUGAAGAAACAUUAUUAAAUGCAAAUAGAGUGUCAGAACAUAGGUCGCCUACUGAGCAAAAGCCAAUAAUUGAUCAAGAGCUAAGAGCCCAGAAUAUAUCCGGGAAUGAGAACGAGUCAUUAAUAGAUCAGGAAACUUAUAGUGAAAGAAAUUCAGAGACUGAUGCUUACGUGAACGUUGGUAAUCAUUCAACAAGCAUGUAUCGCGAAAGUACUUCGACGCCUACUAACUCCGCCCACUCAGAUCGUGAUCUAACUAAGACACCAAGUGAACCUUAUGUUGAGAGUAAUUAUCGUAAUGUUUCAUCAGAUAUACCACCGGCCCAUGCCAGCACUAACGUCGGGUCCAUGAUGGAGACAGGUCCUCUGGAUUUGUCUGGGAGGACAGUACCAGUGCAGCGUCCCUCACCGGUACCCGUACCUCAGCCAGAAACUUCCGUAACUAGCAGCAGCUAUGGCACGUAUUGCACUUUAGAUUUAUCUAAUAAAAAUACGGAUAGACAAACAUUGGUCACUGAAACUGAUAUGAGAAAUGUCGUUGUAGACUUACGUGUCAAAGCGCCUGCCCAGUCGGAUAUCCAAAUACCUGAUGAAAGAAUUGACAUAAAUUCAAAAUCUAUUGUGAAAAAAAUUGCAAACGCUACCGACUUGACAGUUAAACGAUGUGCAGAUGCAGACUCGCCGAAAGAUUUGUCGGUGCGGAGAUCAUUGAGGUCAGAUUCUGUGGAUAAAUAUGAAGAAAAUAUAAGUUAUGAGGAGAAUGAAGCUACCGACUUGUCUAACAGAGUCGUACCCGAAAAUGAAACCGACGAUUUUUCAAAAAUAAUUAGUCCCCGUUCAGAUUUACCAACUGAUUUAUCAAGUCAAAACGAUGAAAAUUCUGAAUUACUUGACGAGCCCGAAGUUAAAGCUAUUUGCGUUUCAAUAGACUUGACAGCAGAUGACGAAAACAUUGUUGAUAAUCUGAAUACUGAGGAUGUUAAAACCAGUAUAGUACCACAAAAUAAACAAUUUCAAUCGAAUGAUAUAAAAAAGAUUGAAGCAAGUAGUGAUUCAUCUAGCGGCGGCUUAGUGAACGAUUAUUCGAACAUACAUCAGUUUAAUAGAAAUGCACCAAAUGUAAAUAAUGGUCCAGACACAAACACUGUACUGGAUAUUGCGUCACAGGCAAGGAGCUCGCACCUCUAUUCUGUGGUAACAACACAGUCUGAAAUGAAUGUUACAAGAAACGUACUUAGUGACCCAUCCUACAGUAUACAAAAUUCUACAAACAUGCUACCGACCACGUUAGGCUCUGCUGUAAGUGAUGCAAUCAGGAGCCUUCCCGUGUAUACCUUACCAAACCCUGUAAUGGCUUCAACUAUGCAUAAACAUGAAAGUACGGUGCCUGUUUACACAUUGGCAAACGCAUGCAUAUCUGUAACUAAGAUAGAGUCGUCUAACUCAGCAACACUAACGAAUACUCUUCUCAGUAUUGCGGGUACGACAAUCGCAAACACUACUUCAGUUUACACACUGGCUGGUACUACUAUAGGAGCACCUUUGAAUUAUGGAGCACCACAAAAUAAUAGCUCCGCGGUAGGAUUGCUCACGGGCAAUACCCACAUAAACGCAGCUGGUUCAAGAGAUCAAAAUAGUAAAAACGAUACAGAUGCACUAAGUCAGGACGCUGCUAUUUCAGCUAACAAUGAAACCUUGGAUCCCGAAAUAGCAAGAAAGAUAGCAAUGUUACCAAAGGAACUUGUAGAAAUUUUAGGAACCAUGCCCGCUGAUCACAGAAACCAACUACUUAAUGUCCUACCGCAGUACGUGUCCACUUCAACGGCGACAUCAACGAACCAAGGCGAAAGUAAUGUAGCGAUGUACGCAAAUGCCAUGUCUAACCAAUUCCACCAAGCAUCGACUUCGAGUCAUAUGGUUGCUGCAGAACAUGACAGCUUAUUAAACAUGCAAGGGUUCAUGCCAAAUUACCAAUUACAAUCAAAUAAUCAGCAAUGUACAACUCAGUUCUUGAGUUCGUUUAAUAUUGAUAAAAAUCUACCCAUGUCAUAUCUUCAACAACUACAAGUGCCGCCUCCUCCGCCGCCGACGCAGCAGGCGCAACAACUGCUGCAGCAGCAAUCACAGGCGUUGCUGCAGCCGCAACCACAGCCAAUGCUGCAGCCGCAAUCACAGGCAUUGCUGCAACCGCAACUACAGGCAUCGCUGCAACCGCAACUACAGGCAUCGCUGCAACCACAACCACAGCCAUCACUGCAGUCGCAAACUCAGCAAUUGCUGCAGUCGCAAACUCAGCAACUGCUGCAGUCUCAACCGCAGCAACUGUUGCAGUCGCAGUCACAGGCACUGCUGCAUUCGCAACCGCAGCAACUGCUGCAGCCGCAAACACAGUCAUUACUGCAGUCGCAACCGCAGCCAUCACUGCAGCCGCAAUCACAGGCAUUGCUGCAGGCGCAAUCACAGGCGUUGCUGCAGGCGCAAUCACAGGCAUUGCUGCAGCCGCAAACACAGUCAUUGCUACAGUCUCAAACACAGUCAUUGCUGCAGUCGCAACAGCAGCAACUUCUGCACUCGCAACAACAGCAACUGCUGCAGUCGCAAUCACAGCAUCUGCUUCAGUCGCAGUCACAGCCACUGCUGCAGUCGCCGCCACUGCUGCAGUCGCAACAGCAGCCACAACUGCAGUCGCCGCAACUGCAGUCGCCGCCAUUGCUGCAGUCGCAACAGCAGCCACAACUGCAGUCGCCACCACUGCUGCAGACGCAAUCACAACUGCAUCCCCAAUUACUUCAGCAGCCUCAGCUGCAUCCCCAACUUCAACACCAGCAACAUUUACAACCACAUCCAUGUCUCCAGCCACAGGGACAGUUACAGCCCCAACAGAUACAACAGAUGUCGCAGUAUUCCAUGCGGCCUCCCCCUCCACCGCCCCCUCCUCCACCACCCCCACCCUCUAAAAAUACCUUUAUUCCACCAUUGCCGCCAAAUCCACCACCGCCAUUGUAUCCGUCACUCUUACCAGUGAUAAAAGUAGACAAUAGCACGGACGAAGAUGUCAAACCCCCGGUGAUGCCCGUGGAAGUAAAAGAAGAUAUAGAUGCGGAAAAUAGAGAAAGUGAAACUAAAUAUCAACCAGGCACAUCGACAGAGCCACAAAAUGACAAUGAAAGCCAAAAUUCGAAUGAAGAUAGAGUCAUUGAUUUGACGGAAGAUGAAAAUUCACCUAGAAGUGAUGACUCUUCCAACGUUGCGGAAGACCUAACUAAGCCCGUAAUUCCUUCGCAACAAAUAAAUAACUACGUCGCUUUAGUGAUAACACCCAAGCAGAAAACUCUUAAUGAUAAAACAGCCAGCCUAAGAGCAGUACGUAUUAAAGCGCCGUCUGAACGUAAAAAAUCUUUAUCUGAGAACUCAAAUCAAAACCAGUCAAAUAGUGAAUCAGAAGUUACAAUAAUAAGAAAACCUGCCGUUGGAGAAGCUAUUCGACCAACCCCAAAAGUUGCAGAAGAACGAAAAGUAGUAAAGUGCCUAGAAUCUCUCGUUGAACGACCAUCUUUAACAAAUACCUUAACGGAGUCAAGGCCAGUACCUAUUAUUGAUCAAGGUCAGGGUUCAGAAGAGGAAGAUAACAAAAUUUUGCAGUGGAAAAUAUCAUCAGCUAUCCAGCAAGCUGAAAUAACCAGCACUCAACAGAACAAUAAAAAUAAAGCACUACCGUUUAAACCUGUAACUACAGUUCCACCCACAGGAUUAAAAUUGAGCACCGAAAAAACAGUUAACGACGAAUCAUCACCACCUUUACCUACCGAACCCGUAGUAAUCAAAACAGACAAAGACUCAAAUCUCGACAAAACAAUUCAGAAGCCAAGCAAUGUAACAUCGUCAAUAUCAAGACAAGCUAACCAAGUUGAAAGGUCACAACAUACUGAAACUGUAAAUACUAAAUUAAUGGAAGAAACUCGCCGGUUAAAAACCGCAGUUGACAAUAAAAUCUUGAACAUCAGCAAUUUAGUCAGAAAUAAUAUAGUUGUAGAAAAUAUAACUUUAGAACAAAUGCCGAUACCUAAAAUGCGACAUGAACCAGUAAUAGUUAAACAGGAUAUUGCACCCGAUGAUGAAGAGUCUGAUGACGACGUCUCGCUUGCAAUUAUAGUGAAAAACCGUGAUCAAAACAAAAAUAGUACGCAAACCGCUACAGUACCGGAAACCAGACCAGUUAAUAAUAACACACUGGAUAAUAAAAUAAAGGAACAAAAAGUAUUGAAAGAAUCCACAAACAAUUUAAGCAAAGAAGGAACUAAUGAAUCAAGUGCUAAUGUUAAUAAGCAUGAAAUUAUCUGUCACGACCGUAACAGGACAAACAUACUAGGAAAAGAUAAAUCGACUGCACACAUCGAGGAGUGUUCGACAGAAAAUGCUCAUAAACAGUCUAAGAAAAGUGGUACACAUUCUAAUUGUGUAAUAAAUAUUGAUAAACUUCAAAAGACAAUUAGUAAUGUGACGAAAGAAAAUGAUACUGUGGCAGCUGAGAAAAUUAUUACAGAAAAGACUGCAACCUCGGCCGAGUUGCAGACGAAAGAACCUCAAGCUGUAAACGUGAUGACGUGCCAGCAAACUACUUUGUUGAAAACUAGUGACAAAGGCGAAAAUAGAUCUACUACUAAGUCGUCAGAAACUGAUGACCGGCGCGACAAUAUCACGAUGAACAGCCAAAAAGACAAACAUAAGAAGAAAACUAGUUUUAGUGCAUCAUCGAUCCAAGUAUCCUCUGAACCGGGCAAUCAGAAACUCGAUGACGUCAAAUGUUUGGAUAAGACAAAAGUAUUAAUAGACAAUCAAACUGAAAACACAAAUAUAGACAUUAAAACAAGUGGCACUAUGGACGGGUCAAAUAAUUUCAAAUCAAAUGUAGAUGACAGUGUUCAACAAGUAGACCACAUUGAAAAGAACAAAAAAGCAAGUGACAGUCUUGCGAGUGAUUUGCAACUCUGUACUGAAGUUGACGAAAACAGCUUGACGCCACUGCGGCGCAGUCGGCGAGGAAAAUCCAUGUUCUUGGACAGCGUUUUGUCUGAGACUGAUAAAGUUGAAGUGCUUGAAGUUUCUUUGGAACAUAAGGCGCCACUGACUAAAAAACAACUUAUAUUUUCUAAAUUGUUGCUAGAUGAAGAAAUUCAGAGCGGACCACAAGCUCACUCUACACCUGAAAAAAGCUUAGUCACUGUCAACCGUGCUGAAACGCAUGAAAACCUUACACUUACUAGGAUUACUCCACCUAUAAGCGAUGUAGCUGCAGAAGAAACUCAGGAACAUGAUCUGGGUAAAUCUAAACGAACGAAAAGAAAGAAAUCGACUCAAUUAAAACGUAAAGGCAAAAAAAGGAAAUCGUUUGAACUACAUAAAAAACAGGAUCUCUCUCAGAAAAUAAAGAAAAAGUCGAGAGUUAGAGUACAGUCUGAGAGUUUUCUUAGUAUUGAUCUAGGACAACAAAAGUCUAGUACAGAAAAUAAAGAACAAAAUCUUCACACUCAUAAAACAAUAGAAACCAGUCACAGUGAUAAAAAGGAUUUGGAGGCGACUUUUGAUAAAUUAAAAUCUGUAUCUGACAUCCCUUCUCCAAAUGAAAAAUUAAUUACUUCAGGAGAAAAAAGAAAAAUUGACGAUUCGGCCAUUAAUGAUAGUCAAACUCCAAAAACAAAGAGGCUUAAAUUCUUAGAAAAUAAUGAAGAAAACUUGGACGAUUACACUUUGAAAUCUAAAUGUAAGGAUAAACUACCUACAACAUUAGAAAAGCGCCCCACUUGCUACAUGCCGGCAGCGAGACGAACACGGUCCAAGUCUGUCAUAGUUAAAUCUACGUCAACUGAAUUUUAUGACCCUUAUGAUAUUGAUUUGGACGACAUGAUAGAAAAACCCGAAUCGUUCAGGAGCAAGCUUAAUGUUACAGAUAAAAGUUUACAUAGUUUUAAAAUACAAAACCAAAAUAAAUGUAAAAGUAAAACAGAACCCAGCAAAACCCACAGUCUAGUCAAGAAGCCAUCAAAACUUUCUGAUUACUCUGCUCAUCUUGAGGAGAAACCCGCUGUUUGUAGCAAGGCCAACGUUACUGAUUCAGAUGAUUCCUCUAAGAGUGACGUUCCUUUAAAGAAAUAUAUAGAACAGAAAGAAAGAAAAAGUCUAAAUUCUGGUAAAACUGCAUCCAGUAAGCGUUUCAAUAAUAAACAAAAUAUAAAAGGAAACAAAGAUUAUAAGAAAACUCGACGAACUCUUACUCACCUGAAUGAUGUUAAUAAAUCCAGUACUCCUAAUGAUGCCGAAGAACUAAGAUCUGAAAAGUUUAUGGAAAGCUUUGGUUUCUUCUCACAAAGAAAGCCUCGUAAAUCUAAUUUAUUAGCGUCUAAAAAGAUAUCUGAAACAUUCCAUAUAAUUGCCAAUGAGAGUGAUGACGCUUACUUUGGUUCUAAAAAACGGACGACCAAGCGAUCGCUACAAAAUGAAAAUAAGAGAAUUGGUGGGGAUGCCAGAACAAGACGACUUAUUACAACAAAAAGAAAUAUCAAGAGAAUUACGAAGACCAAAAAGAAGGUGUUCUUGCCCCCCAUACCAAGCUUUUGUCGGCUAUGUAAAAAAGAAUUUGGGAGGCCCGAUAACUUUUUACGACAUCAAAUGACAGUAUUACAUGUAUCAAGAUUGUCCGAGUUAGAAUUAAAAAUGAGGACGAUUCCCAUAAUUGAGAAACCCAAUUACCUUAUAGAGUACAAGCAACAGCUAGAUCGAAUUAAAAUGCUUACGAAAAAGUUAGCCAACCGCAAAAAGAAUUCCAAAUAUGCCAAAAUAAAAAUUCCUUCUUUAAAUAAAAUUUUAGCUAAAGUAAACAAAAAAGUGAGGGAACAACAACUUGCUCAACGACCGCAAGUGCUGAGUCGGGAUGAAGCGCUUUUCUUGGACUGCUGUCAGCUGCUGAAGGCCAACAAGAGUGAAGUUAAUCCUAGCGAUAAGGCAGAGUUUGCUAGUGCGGCCAAUCACUUCCCGUGUUCCGAGUCAACAGUCAAAGAAUUUGAUUUACUGGAAAAACCUAUCAAAGGCGAUGGCGAUGUAGAUUCUAUAACAGCUAAAAAUAUUCUUGAAAGUGAAGAAGUUAAAAAUUUGGAAAAGGAUUUAAUCUCGGGUCUCAAAGAGGCUGCUAAUGCUAGCUCACUAAAACCAAAAGUUGUACGCAGUGUUAGCGACGUUGGGCUGGAUCAGACUGAUGACGAUCAUAUAGUUUAUCCAAAUGCAAAACCUGAGGAACCAAAUCCUGAGCAAAUUGAGCCUUACCCACCAUCAAAUCCCACGAAAGCGAAAAAACAAGAACCUAAAGCGAAAAUGUAUCCUGACAUCAUAGAUCCUAUAGACAUGUUUGAAGACAAAUUCGACAAAAUUAAACGAAAAUGUAGAUCCCAGGCGGCGGCGGCAAAACAAACACAACCUCCUAUUGAGAACCGGCCCAGUUACAAAUGUCGGAAGAAGUCGGAGAAGAAGAAAGCCAAGAAAAAUUCAAAGAAAAGUCAUCAAAGCUCACAGGUGCUUACAAAAGGCGCCUUGAAAGGAUUCGACGGAAUUAAGGUAUCUAUCCCAACAUCAGAUAUUAACAUGUCUGCUAUUGUCCCGUCUCUAACGCCGAAGAAGAAGAAAAAGACUAGUUCUAAAAACAAAAGGGAAAAGGUAUCCGAGUUCAGCGGAACAUAUGACAGUCAACGAAAUGCUGGAAAUGGCACCACCUCGCAAAAAGAAGUAGAUGUGUAUGAAUUUAUGGACAAUGAAGAAGCUGUUUUUGAAUUCAGACCUUCGACGUUAAUGGAAAGAUUUAAAAGCAUAAGUUAUAAGGAAACCCCCGGAACAUCCAAAACUAAGCAAGCAGCUGAUGAAGUGGACGAAUCUAGUGACAGUGCUUCGGAUGGUGACGAUUUCGUUUACAUGUCUGAUGAUUACGUUUGUAGUGACGAUGAAACUGAAAACAGCCUGAUGUCUUGUGAACUCAGCAAUGGCAAGGUCGGAAGUGAAUUCAAGAAGAAUAUAUCUCCGUUAAAACGUAAAGACGCGGUAGAGAAAAACGCUGUUAUGGGCAAAAUAUUUAAACACAACGCAGUGCGCACUGAUAAGAAGAGUACGAAGAUAAAGGAGACUGCUAAACCAAAGGCAAACCUAGACCAAUUAUUUGACAGCUUACUUGAGGAAGAGCUGAGCACGUCUGCGUUAAAUAAGGAAGCAGAAUUACCCAAACAUGAAGAUAUUAUCCUAUCGAAAAAACCAGAUCAUGUAUCCUCUAAACAUGACAAGUACAACCAUACGCUCUCCACCAGAGAUGACACUUCUACGAGAAAAUCAAAAAGCCCAACACGUAAACAUAGUGUAUCGCCCCCGAAAGAAUUCGAACGACCAUCCCUUAUAGAUUAUGGACCAUCAACUUCGAAAGCAGCAGCCCUAGAUUUUGGACCUAGCACAUCUAAAAAACGUGACAUUAUUUUGCCAAAAGACUUUAAACCUCACUUACCGAAGAAACACGAGACACCAUCAUUGAAGAAACACGAAUCAUCACAAAAGUACACGAGUGUUAGAGAUGACGAACCUGAACUGUCCAAAAAUCAAGUUAUAUUUACUAAGAAACGUGAAUCGAAAGAAAAAAUAUUAAAAGAAAUGUCACCACCGAGUAAAUUAGAUGAAGGUAUCAGUACUAGCUACGAUUACAACGCCGACGUGUUCGAGCAGAUACAGUACGAUGAUAUGGGAGUAGCGAGGCAGAGGGCACGCCGGAAAUGUACCGUGGGGAAACAGAACGUGCUGGCCGAGACUUGGAGUUCGGAGUCCGAGCCUGACGGCGUGCCGCCGCGGCCCAACAGCGCCGAGUCCGUGGUGAUGAGCUCGGCCCGCAGGAAGAAGGGCAGGAAACGAGAUGGACAUCAUGCCAGCACGCGGCGAGUCAACCGGCACAUUUCUUUUAAAAAACAAGAUUCUGAAGUGAGAUCACAUCGCAAAACGAGCACUGAAGCUGGUCCCAGUCGAGUGAACGGCGCCUCGGAGGCGGGGGUCAGCGUCGACCCGUACGAGGCGCCGGCGGCAUCGACGUCGUCGGCGCGGCCCCGCACCACGGCCUACUACAACUGGUCGUCGGAGGGCGACGAGGAGUCGGAGCGGCUGCAGCAGCACGGCUGGAUCGUCGGCGACAGCCACAAGAAGCUCGUCACCAUGCUCGCGCACGCCAAGGGCCGCAAGAAUAAUCAUGACGACAAACGACACUUCGUUGAGUAAGAGUUUUAGUUUAUUUUACUUUGUAAGGUUAGAUUAUAUUAAUCUUGUAUAUACUGUACAUAAUAUUCUAGGUCUUUAAAAAAUGUAAAAUUUCGACCAGAAAUUUAUAAAGCUACAUAUAAUUAAAUUCAUUUCUGUAAAUAUGUACAUUUAUAGAGUAUUCAGUUAAAUUUCUGAUUGAAAUGUUUAUUUAGCGAAUUUGCAUUAAUUUUAGUAUUUGUUGAUUUAGUGACAAGGGCAUUUUUAGUUUAUACGCGUUGUCUGUUGUAGAAUUUUAUUGUAUCAGGUAAUUAGUAAGUUUGUCCACACGAGUUGAUUUUGGCUCUCGACGACAAGUGCCAUUUGGUUUGGGAAUCAAGACUAAAGAAAUUGAUCUCUUGAGCAAUUGGUUACUCACUGACGUAGCUAACACUGAAGUGACGGACAGUUGAGCAAAUUAGUUUUUGUAGAAAGCUGCGUACCAGGAAAUAAUCUUGAAAAUAACCUGUUGUUAAUCCUAUAAAUGUAUAUGUAGUCAAUUCAAUAAGUACAUGUACGUGUGUGCCCUUUCAAUUAAUAAAAUAAUAAUUAAAGCUUCGUCAUAAAUGUUGCACUUUAUUCGCGAUUGCAAUUUUCACGUGAUAACCACUUUUUUAGAAACUUAGUAUUUGUACAUGUAUUCGAAUGAAACGAUUUCAAUUUAAAAGUAGUUAAGUAUCGAUAAAACAUAAGUGUUUACGUGAAUAUACUAAUGUGAAAAUUACUAAUAACUACAUAGAUUUGUUCAUGAUAGUAUUGACUAAAAAUGCCUCCUGUCCCUAUUUAAUUAUGUAGUCAAUAACUAGAAAAUCAAUGGGGUGUUUGACUUUCAUCAAAAAUAUUUACUAGAGCAUAUAAAUGCUAUAUUCAAUAUGUGUUAGAAGUUUCCACUAUUGCUUGUCCUUUCCAAAAAGUAGUCAAAUACCCUGUUCUCAUGAAACACUAUAGAUUCUUCAAAAAGCAUAAUAAGUAAUAUUACUUUAAUUACGCAUUUGAGUAGAAGAAUUCGUUUUGAGAAUCUAAAUUGCAAGUUUUGUUAUUGACUGAUCGUCUUGAGUAGUUAGUGAUGUUGUACGAUUGUCUAGCGACGCUGGUACCGGGGUUCUAUGCGUGGUGCGUCACUUUGUGUUCACUUCAGUUUGCUUGACUUUACAUGAAAUUGUUGCGUCAGUUAUUGUUUUAUCUAGUCCAAUAAGGAAAGACUAAAUACCCCGUUAUCAGCUUCAGUACAUGUGAUGUUAAUUCCAAUAUUAUGUUAAUAUAAAUGAAGACUUUUUAUUUUCGAUUAUUAUGUUCAAAUGAAAAUGUAAUGAUUUCAAUUUAUUUAAUAAUUCAAAUGAAUGAAUGAAUGAAUUAUUUUUUGUUUAUGAAUCAGGUGAAUUAUAUUAUGUAAUAAUUCAAAUUAAUGAAUCAAUUAAUUAUUUUUUGUUUAUGAAUCAGGUGAUCAUAAUUCAAUAAAGCUCAAUGUUAAUUUUUAAUUGCAUACUGGUUGGUACUUUGCAUAUUUAUAUGAAAAAGUUCUUAUAUUCUUCUUAUAUUUAUAUUUUAAAAGAGAGUUAUGUUUCUUUUCUUUCGGAAAUUAUGUUUAUUUUCAUGGGGUUUAUAUGUGAUUGUGUUCAACAUUCUGUUUCGGUCAAUAUUAUGUUUUAAAAUGUACUAAAAAUAGUUUUCACCAAAUUGAUGUAAAAUAGAAAAAUAAAUAAUCAAAUUUUCUAUUACCGGGAAUAAUAAGAUAUACCUUCACCAAAUCAGGUGUGCUUGAAAAGGGCAAUGUGUAGAAACAUGUCUAUUCUCCAACAGACUGAAGCUUUACUCCAGUUAGUUAGGUAUUUAAAUAAAAUUAUGAUAAUCUCCUUAUCUUGAUAUGAAUUCUUAUUUAAAUUAAAAUGGAGUAUAGUGUCAUCGGAAGAGCCUUAUUUUUCACAAUAGUCAGGUCAGAUUUCAAUGAAACCCUUUUAUAUUAUGAUUGUUCCAUUACUCCUCAAUCCCAUACAUUUGGUUAGGUGCCAUAGUUACAAGUUUUUUCAAAUGAGGUGCUUCCGAUGACACUAAAUUUAAGGUCUGUUGAUGGCAGGCAUGUGGUCCUUUUCAAGUCAGAUAUUGUCUUUUGUGCAUACACAGUUUGGCUUAAAAUGUGGGGUCGAAAUGCAAAAUCUAGAGUCCUCAUGCUUACAGCAGACAAGGAUACCCCAUGUAAGUUUCGCAAUUUUGUGUAGAUUUCCAGUUAAAAUUUCGAAUAUAAUUGAAAGCCAUUUACAACCAAUAAUACUGUAGACCGUGGUCACGGCAUUGGCGCGAAAAUUCUAGUUAAAAAGUGUCACCGCAAUUUGGGAAAUCCUGAAAAACGCGGAAAAUGUGUACAUGAGGUAUCUUUGCGAGGAAUCUAGAAUUUGUGGUUCGACAUCACCUUUUGGACUACCCUGUAAAAUUUACUAUUGUAGUAGAAAUUAAUGUUGUAGUAAAAUGACCCAAAAAUUGUAAAAGUUGCCCUUAAAGUAAUUAUUAUAUUCUCGAUGACGUAUAAUUCUGUUGUAUGUUUAUUCGUACCCUAUUUUCCUUUUCCCGUAUUUUUAUCUUUGAAUCCGGAUAGCGACAAACAUGCGCACAAAUGAAUAAACUCAGGCGCAGAAAGAAAGACUUUGUCGUAGUGACCUAUUUCAUUAUGUAAAUUAUUUUCGUGUCAUGUUAUAUCUUCAUGUCUACUCUCACUCAGACUCAUCACGUUUCUUUCUUUCGAACCUUUUUUCUAGGCGUAUGUUAGAUAUAAAAUUAAAUAUUUGUAACUAUAAUCAGUAUAAUCUCAUUUGAACUUGGUAUAGUUUAAAUAGAUUAAUUCAUAAGUCCUACUAGUCAAUCAGUAUCAUCAAGUGUUGCACUAAACUCACGUUGAAUUUUAACAGUUGAAAUGAGAUAACACUGCUAUAGACCGCCAGUGCGGAUUCGUCCCACUUAUAAUUGAGCUACUUUUUGUUUUAAAUGUUGUUUGUGUUAAUAAUAAUAUAAACAAAUAAAUGUAUACCAAGAA